AUGCAUCGCCUGUGCACUUUUCGACCAGGCAGAACAUACCGGACCGUUCGAGCGCACGUUGGUCAAAGGCUGUCGACAAAGAUUCCGGAGCCGACUUGGUCGUUGGCGUCACUCGAACUGGAUCAACCCCAUGAACCCAUCACCCGAUCCCAAUUGGAGACCUUGGCGCGUCGAGCGUUGCUGUACGUGAAGGACGAUGUACACGCACUCCAGUUGCAACAAGAUGUCGGUAAUAUGAUGUUUCUAUUGUCGCAAAUUCAGCGGACCCAAGUUGUGACGGAACAGAGAGAAACCUGUUCCAGCACGGCCAAGCCACAACCGGAUGCGGGAGCCGUGUACGAUGUACCACGACGAGGGAUUUCCCGGGCUCCCCUCCGAGAAUCGUCCGAACCUUUGGACAAGGAAGAAAUGCAAAAGGUGUGGGAUUCGUUGCUAAAGCCGAAAACGACACGAGUUGGCGCCCACAAUUAUUUCGUCAUUCAAACUGGGGAAAAGCUUUGA